AAGGCUCACGGAGAGCGAAUGUCGUCAUGAGCGGUGGGUAGGAAUUAAAACAUUGGUGUUUAUAUUACAUUCUACUUCGUAAAACAUUAUAUUUGCAUUGGACAGAAAAGCACUGGACAUUAUGCGGAGUGUCCUGUGAUGUCCUUGAACAGCCUAUCCACUGAAAAUAGAUGCUGCAGGCAGCCUGAAUCUGACUCUGGUGUGUCUGUGUGUUUUCCAGAACAACAGGACAGUAUGGCCACCACUGUUGCUGUCAGUCCCAGUGAAUACCUUCAGCCCUCCACUGCUUCCACACAAGACGCCCAGCCCUCUCCUCUGGCCCUCUUGGCUGCCACCUGUAGUAAAAUCGGCCCUCCUGCUGCUCAGGCUCCUGUCACCUCUCCUCCAGCACAGCCGCAGCCUCGCAGGCUCCUCCCCAUAAAGCCAGCUCCAAUCGCCCCUGCUCCGCCCAAAAACCUGGGUUUCCUGUCAGCCAAGGGCAAUGUGAUCCAGCUGCCUGCCGGCCUGGGCUCCACGGCCCCUGGCAGCCCCAUUGUGCUCACUAUCCAGCAGAGCCCGGCUCGCACCAACACCUCGGCCCCCGCCAACAUCCAGUACCAGAUGGUGCCGCAGAUCCAGGGGGCCCAGACUAUCCAGGUGAUGCCACAGGGAGGUCAGAUCCAGCUCAUACCAGGCACCAACCAAGCCAUCAUCACCACUCCUAUGGCUGUACCGGCCCCUGCGGCCGCCACCACUCCAGUCACGCCGCAAAAAACCGUAGCCAUCAAGCCCUCUCCCAAGUUGCGCAAGCCAAACAACUCUGCUGCAAACAUGGUGCAGCUGCCCAGCGGGCUCACGCUGCCGCUCAAUGUGGCGACCGGAGAGGUGGGCGGGACUCAGUUCGUCACAGAGACGGCAGCUGCACCUCCCACUCCAGGGAAGGGUCGACGAGGGAGAAAGAAGAAAGUGGUUCUUGCUGCUCAGCCUCCGCCUCCUCCACCUGCACAGGCUGCCUCCCCACCCCCAGAGCAGAUGGAGACCAUCCUGAUAGAAGCUGGCGACAACAUCAUUCAGGCAGGUAACAACCUACUGAUCGUGCAGAGUCCCGGGCAGCCAGCCAUGGUGCAGCAGGUUCAGCUGGUCCAGUCCAAACCGGAGUCUCAGGUGGUUCAGAUCCCCCAGCAGGCCUUGAAGGUUGUGCAGGCCGCCUCCGCCACGUUACCGCCCGUCCCACAGAGACAGUCGGUGCCCUCAAGCCUGCAGGUCUCCCAAACAGAGCCGUCACCAACACAGAUCAUCUUCAAAACUGCAUCGGGUGAGUGGCAGUCCAUUCAGCUCCAGGACCCGGUCUCCCCGACAACGACCCCCACCACUUCGGUCGUCACCACCACCACCUCGCCGCCGGCCGGCACCAAGAGGACGCCGGCGGGGGGACGGAAGGAACGGACUCUGGCAAAAAUUGCUCCGGCGGGGGGAAUGAUACAGCUGAAUACGUCGCAGCUCUCCUCAGCGACCCAGGCAGUGCAGACGAUCAGCAUCAAUGGGGUCCAAGUUCAGGGAGUUCCUGUCACCAUCACCAACGCAGGGGGCCAGCAGCACCUCACGGUGCAGGCGAUGCAGGGUGCUGGGCUCCAGCUGGCAGCAACGCCGAACCAGCCGGCCAUCCAGGUAGACCAGACUCUCACUCUGGAGCUGCCCGGGCAGCCAGGAGAAAAGAAGCGACGUAUGGCCUGCACCUGCCCCAACUGUAAAGACGCAGACAAGAGGCCUGGGGAGGUGGGGAAGAGGAAGCACAUCUGCCACGUCCCCGGCUGUGAGAAGACAUUCAGGAAAACAUCGCUGCUCAGAGCUCACGUCCGACUGCACACCGGCGAGAGGCCGUUCGUCUGCAACUGGGUCUUCUGCGGGAAACGUUUCACACGCAGCGACGAGCUGCAGCGGCACGCCAGGACGCACACAGGAGACAAGCGCUUCGAGUGUAACCAGUGUCAGAAACGCUUCAUGAGGAGCGACCACCUGACAAAGCAUUACAAGACUCACAUAAACACCAAGAACCUGUGAGCUGCCUGUAUACUGAGUGUAUACGCAGACAAACUCUCUGAAACUGAAGACUGUAUCAGAGGAAGGAGGGGCAGAGGAGACGAUACCAAGGGAGUGUCUGUGACUUAUCCCGUUGUGGGAAAUACUCCAAAAAAAGUCCCUAUAUCCCCUCUCACUCCUCUAGGACACUGUGUAGCGUGGUGUACAAAGAAAUCCUUCCUGGUGGACUUCAAACUGAUCCAGCAAAUUUAUUAAUAAUAGAUUUUCUUUGUUUUUCUUCUCUGGUCUGAGCUGAGGCCAGAACCAGCUCCGACUGAACGCGUAAGAUGACAAGAUGGCGAGGCUCCAGACGCAGAUGCUUAACUCUGCGUGCUUAUUUAUGAACUUCUCUUUGGCGACACAGAAUUAUUCAGAUGCCAACACCAACACCACAGGACUCCGGUCACAGUUUCCCUCUGUUUUAUUUUGUUUUUCUUCCCCCAAAUCCUGCCUGUUUUUUACUUGUUUGUUGUGGAACAUUGGGAGCUCACAGAAAUAAGUUUUCAAGCACCAAAAAGGAGAAAAUUCAACACCAUUGUUUUACAGAUUUAACAUGAAUUUAUUUUACCUCAGUGGAAUGGUAAUUUUGUUUUAAGCUACUUGUGUUUCAGCAGGAGUUUUUUGUUUAUUUAAAACCUUUAUACCCCCCAAAAAGUUGGGGACCAUUACAUAAAAGCUCCCCUUACAAGGCUUUUGAAAACCUUUAGAAGUUUACAUUGGCAAUUUUUUUAAGUGUGUAUAUGCAUACUAAUAUACAUAAUAUUAAUAAUGAUAAUAAACUAUUUAUAACAUAUUUCCAUACAACUGUUAAAAUUUGAUUUAUGAAGCAGAAAAACUUGAUAUUAAAAAAAAGAAAAAAGAAAUGAGACUGGAAGCUUAAAGUUUUAUAGCCAAAAUACAUAGACGAUGUUAAAAGAACAUUUUAUUACGUUUGCUUUGAGGGCACUGAAAUCAGGCUGAGCUCCUCCAGCAGAGCGGUCCAAGACUUGGCAUCUCUGAUGGCAAAGUUUUACAUGCAGUCACUUUGCUGCCAAGACCUCAGAGGAAAAACCUCAGGCUGAGCUCAGGCUUGGAAAAGGGUUUGAUAAGCAGUUCAGGGGCCAGAAGUCACUGUGCCUUAAAAGUUUCCACUCAAAUUUUAAAAUCGGUUUCCAAAAAAACGAGCAAAAAAAAGAAAAGCUGCAGAGAUUUAAGUUACAUAGUGAUAUCUUGGUGAAGAUCUUGUCUCCUGCUGUAAAAUAAUAUACAUACAGUCAUCUAAAUGCAACAACAUGAAGGUAUGGACAAACUUCAAGGUCAGCAAUUGGUACUAACUGAAACGUUUUGCCUGAAAUAUAGUUGGUUUAAACAAAGAGAAGUACGACUGACUGUCAAACUUCGAAACAAAUGUCACACUUCAACUUGGUAAAGCUUAGCAAGGUUUCAAAUAUUGUUUUGUGUCUGGUUAAUGGCUCAUUAUGGAGACAGUUUUGAUCAUCAUUAAGAAAAAUUGGACAUUCUUAAAGGCCAUUGUGGGGCUCCUAUCAUGAUUAGGCACAAGUGCAAACAUAUAUGUGGAGAAUGAUAGAGGACCCAGGAUUGAUCCUUGUGGAACACCAGAUUUGACUGCUAAUUUUUCUGGGUGAUCGUACAGUGUGUUGUGAUCAAUCAUGUCAAAGGCUGUGAAUGGUUCAAGGUGAAACAGGAUGUCACCUUUUGUCAGCUGCAAGGAGGAAGGUGUUAGUACCAUCUUAGAUGUUUGGAGGAUGUUAAUACCUGACUGACAUUCUUCAGAAAUGCUCAUUGAAGCUGUGGAGGAAACUCUGUUAAGUAACUUCACUUUUUCUGUUUAGGCUUGACAGUUAAAUCUCCAGUAUCAAUGAGUCAUGUUUCAUAAAGACGAUGCGACGUUUGUGGCACACUGCAUUAAUAACCUGUUCAGUAACCCAAUGUUCAAGGAGAGUGAUGAUUUCACCCAAGAAUUUAUGUAUACUACCUAAAAUUCUCUACUUUUUUAGAGAAGUACUGCAAAAAUGUUUCAUCUUUCUGGAGAACUUUCCUGUGUUGUCAAAGGGCGUCAGGUUGAUUGGUCAGAGGUCUGUCGAGUCUCCAGGUGCUAAGAAUUUAAUGCAGUGAAAUAUUAGUGAUCACCCCGGUGAGAAACCCCUCUUUUCCCUCUGAGAGCCAAACCAGGUCGCUACAUAAUUGGUUAUCCAUCUUGGAUACCACAACAGGUAUGCUUACAUCUAGGGCUGGGUAUCGAACUUUGAUACUUUCAGUGCUGUGUCCUUAGCACUGAGUGUCGAAGCCGUCAACCAAAUUAGAAUAUUUGGCCUGUAGUUCCUUUAUCACAUAAUUCCUGAUUUAAAUCAAAACUUUGUUUUAGACAGUAUUCUGUUCAGUUCUUGAAUGGCUGCGUGUGUUUAGACAUUUAAUUUUAACAUCAACUUAACCUCUCCUCUUAUUAACCCAAAAAGGUUUUUACCUGAAAGUUUUGAGUUUUCAUUAUGGCGCAUAUUUUUGAAAACCAUGUUUAUACCUCUCAGAAUAAGGUGUCAGAAAAAGUAUGAUACCCAGCCCUACUUACACUGUGUGUACUAAUAAAUAAGUAACUAAAUUCCAGGGUAACUCUGCUAUUCUGUUUUACUCAUGGUAUAAUUUUAAUUUGAUGAUUUGUAGCCUAUGCAUUGCUGAAUAUAUAUAUAAAUAUAUAUGUGUGUAUAUAUAUAUAUAUAUAUAUAUAUAUAUAUAUGAUCAGAUUUCCAAUUAUUUGGCCUGACUUGACAAUCACGUCCCGAGAUGAAAAGAAAAAAAAUCUUUCUCAGGCCUUUGAUCAGUUUCUUUGUACAUUAUUUUUCAGCUAUGUGAUAGCUUUAAUUCUGAAUUAACACUUGAGAAGUUUUUGUUGAUAUACAGAUGACCAGCGUUAGGCCUACUGUACAGUAUUCACACAAGUUACUUAAAUACCUUUCGCUUUACAGAAGACAUUGUUGCUCAUAUCGUUUUUUGAUAUAAUGAUUUACUGACCUUUCGCUAACAUGUCAUCAGUAAGGGCGUAGUCUGAACUUGUACGGGAGUUCCUUUUAUUUAAAUAAAAACACCGACAUUUUGUUAAAAGUCAGCUUUUUGGUCAAGUUAGCAUGGUGCCAUCAGACAGCAGGUAGCGGCUUCACCUCUGUGUUGGGUUUUCACUGUGGCGUGUUCUAAUACUGUGACAUACAUGUUUAAUGGAUGGUGCUGCCUUGCUUAACAUCCAACGACAACUUUGACCAAAAAGCUAAAGUCAGAUUUAUUUUUAAAGCACUUUGAACCAGUUUUCUUCACAGUGCUUCACAGGGGCGACAGAUAAACGUAAAGCUUACAUGUAGGUGGCCAAUAUUUGGUGUAUUUUUUCAAGAAUGUGUCUGAAGACAUGCGAUGCCAUUGGGGACGGAUAGAAAGAGCCUGCUCAUAUUUAUGUUUGUAUUUCAUGUCUGAAUAUGUAAAUACAGUGUGUGUCUGGUAGACACGGUAAAUGUAGGAUAUUAAAACACAAAAGUUAAGCCGCCUAGUGUUGUGGUUGGCGUGGCCGGCCCUGAAGGAAAUGGACUUUGUACAGUGUGUAAGGAAUAAAAUAUAAUGUGACAUUGUAUAGCUUCAUUCCUGCUUUGUAUAAGACUUCUAGAUCUUUUUUCUAUUGAAUUAAAGAUGCCUUAGACAGCUGCACCCAGUAUUUAAAGAUGUUCUUUUUCUGUCUAAUUCCAGGUAACAACAUUUGUAAAAUUCCUUUUGUGUUUUUAACUUAUGUUACAUGCUAAUGUAAUGUGCACUGAUUUAAAAUCCCAGGUUCUAAAAUUUGUAAAUUUAAUCACUGUAAUUAAAUAUAAUGCGAUUUUCCAAAUUUAGAUGUUUCUAUUUCAGUUAAUUAAAUGCUUCUCCUUC